AUGCAAUUCCAUAACAUCUUGGUUUUGGCAGCUGCCUUUAUGCCUUUCGCCACUGCAGAUGAUUGCGUGUCGCGAACCACGCCUUGUUCUCCGAUUGAAGUCUGCAAGAGUAUGACUGGCCUCAACGUCUGUGGUACAACAGAACAUGCCAGCCAAUGUUCUACAAUGGUUGUUCCUGACAACGAUUCCGGAUCUGUCUCAGUUCUCCAGCCCAACGGGGUUGACGAACUGGUUGAGGAAACUAGCUUCUUUGAUGGAACCCAUGAGAAGUGCAAUGCCCCCGACGCGGAAGUUGAAGGGAUGAUCUCGACUGGGCAUGCGACAGCCAGUGGAUUCCAGCAGAUGUUGUACAAAGAAGCGAAGAAGAUGAUACAGGGAAGAACGCCUGCACCGGGGGCUUCUGACUUGGUCCUUGCAAAGAACGGCCGGUUAUAG